AUGAAAAAACUGCAAUCCCUUCUCAAACCGUCUUCCUUGUUGACUUCAUCAACUGCGGCACCAUCGAUCUAUUGUAAAUAUCCAUCAUUGCGAAGAUUUCACCGAUCAGUGGCUCAUUUGAAAAAUUUAAAUCAACACCAACAGCCAAAUAUCUUAUCGGAUGAAUGUAGACUUCUCUGUAAAAUGGUGGCCUUGACAACGAAGGGAGAUUAUCACGCCCUGAGUGAUGAAUUUCAAGGCUUGUUGGAACUGAAUGAUCAAAUUGCUGCCAAUUCUCAUCAUCAUCAUCAUCAUUAUCAAGAACAUUCCAAGGCAUAUCAUUGUAAACUAUUAAUUCCGAUGGCAGUAGAGGUAGUCUCUCAAACUCAUGUGUUUGUUGGCUUUCCAAAAGUUUUGAACGCCUUGGCUGCCAUGAAAAAGACUUUUAUUGGAGGCAGUGGUAAAGAUAAACAUCAUCUGACACGUAAUGAAAAAGAUUGGUUACAAUUAUGUACACCAUUGGAUGGAGAUUUGUUAUUCAAGAGUGUUUUCGUGCGUGAAGAUCUUGGAACAGAAGCCAUGAAACAAAUUUAUGGAGAAAAGAAUUAUGUGAAAUUGGCAGACAAGACAUUUUCUCUUCACCCGAUUUUGCAUCAAUUUCUCUUGACUCAUGGCUAUGGAGCUGUAUUGCAAAAUAGAUUUCAUGUAUUCCUUGCAUUACGAGAGUUGUGUUCAGUAGUGAGUUUGUGUUAUUCUGCUGACACCACAGCUCCACAAUUGGUGGCUCAUAUGAAAGGAUUUUCUCGUGUCUAUAAAGUCGAUGAAAAAGAUUACUCCAUUCAUAUUAAGAACAGAAACACUCAUACUCAAUUAGGCAUCUCGGACAGAGAUUUAAUUGUCAAAGGUUGUCUCAGAGAAGCGUUUGAUUUGUCUUCAGAAAUUUAUGGAAAAGAAAUUGCUCAACAUAUGGAAACACUUUGGGACAAUUAUGAAACCUCAAAAUUCACUCUUUAA